UACUGAUACUGUUGUUCUUUAAGGCGGAUAAAGAGGAAAGUAACAACAAGUGGAACUGGAAAGCAGAAACAAAUACACAAUCAGAGAGAGAGAGAGAGAGAGAGAGAGAGAAUGGCGAGUGGUGGUGUCGGUGAGGAAGUGAGGAACAAGCAGGUGAUAUUGAGGGAAUACGUGUCUGGUUUUCCAAAGGAGUCGGACAUGUCUGUGAGAAGUGUAACCAUGAAGCUGAAGGUUCCGACGGAGGACUCCAACAUGAGCAAGGCGAUGUUGGUGAAGAAUCUUUACUUGUCGUGUGAUCCCUAUAUGCGUAUCCGGAUGACAAAAAUUCAGGGUCCUAACCUUUUUACCCCCUUUCCACUUUCCUCUCCAUUACGUGGGUUUGGGGUGGCCAGAGUUUUGGAAUCGAAAAACCCAGACUACAAGGAAGGUGACUUGAUCUGGGGCACAACCGGAUGGGAAGAGUACAGUCUUGUCACGGAAAAGGAAGCCCUCUUUAAAAUCCAGCACACUGAUGUGCCCCUUUCCUACUACACUGGAAUUCUUGGUAUGCCUGGUUUGACUGCUUUUGCCGGUUUCUACGAAAUUUGUUCUCCCAAGAAAGGAGAAUAUGUUUUCAUUUCUGCAGCAGCCGGUGCAGUUGGUCAGCUGGUUGGGCAAUUUGCAAAGCUGAUGGGUUGUUAUGUUGUUGGAAGUGCUGGAAGUAAAGAAAAGGUUGAUCUGCUUAAGAACAAGUUUGGAUUUGAUGGGGCUUUCAAUUAUAAGGAAGAAAAUGACUUGGAUGCUGCUUUGAAAAGGUUCUUCCCUGAAGGCAUUGACAUCUACUUCGAGCAUGUUGGGGGGAAAAUGCUUGAUGCUGUGCUAGUUAACAUGAGAGACCAUGGCAGGAUUGCUGUAUGUGGAAUGAUCUCACAAUACAAUCUUGAUAAGCCUGAAGGUAUUCACAACUUGAUGUGCAUUGUUUAUAAGAGGAUCCACAUAAAGGGAUUUGCGGUCUUUGAUUACUUCGAUCUCUAUCCUAAGUUCUUGGAUGUAGUGCUACCAUAUAUCAGAGAAGGGAAGAUAGUGUAUGUGGAGGAUAUAGCCGAAGGACUUGAGAGUGGCCCGGCAGCUCUGGUUGGGCUCUUCAGUGGCCGCAAUGUCGGGAAACAAGUAGUUGUGGUUUCUCAUGAGUGAUCUAGACUUCUUUUUUAUGUCCUUUUGCAUCUGUUGUGUUGAGUUUCAUGUCCGAAUGCGUUUGAUAUCUAGUGAUUCACCUAAUUGUGGUAUGAGAAAGCUGUGUCUGUAUCUAGGGUCAGGUUUACGGUUUGUUGCAUGUUACAGGAAAUGUACCAUCUAACUAAUGGAUGGUAUAUAAUUUUUCAUUAAGAAAAGUGUAUUCAAUAAA